AUGGCACAAAUGAAAACAAGAAGCAAGUUUCAAGAUUCUGUAAAACCAACUGUAGCCUGCUAUUGGGUUGAUUCAAAUUAUCAUACCAAAACAACACCUUUCUCUUUGUCUCAACCAAACAACAACAUGAUCAAGAACCAUGUUUCCGACAUUGUCAUGUCUCAACCAAAGGGUGUCAAAGAAAGUUCAAAACUGGCGAACGAUAACAUGAAGGAUUCAUCCAAAGAAUGUGUGUUGAAGAAACCAAUGAAGUGUGUUAAGAGAAGGCAAUGUUGGUUGAUUUUGAAGAGGAUGUUGGUGGGUAGAGAUGGUUGGGAUUUGAAAGAUCCUCCAGCAAUGGUCGAUAACGUCUCUGAGUCAAAGCCAAUUGGUUUAAAUGAAAUAGAGAGAAAAAUGAAGUUGUAUGCAACACCAGAUGAGUUUGCUAGCGACAUGAGGCUUGUGUUCUCUAAUGCAAUGAUGAUGUAUCCUCCAGGGAAUCAUAUUUACCAAAUUGCAAAAAGAUUUGGAUACAAUUUUGAACUCAAAUGGAAGUCAUUGAAGGAUGAGUGGGAACUUGAGGAUAGGAAAAGAAGAAAGGCGCACAAGAGUAGAAGAUACUAA